CAAAUGACGGAAACGUCUUACCUAGCGGUGCAGUUUCAACCUCACGGCACCAUGAAUUAUAUGUAUAUAUUCUCUUUAAGUCAUUUAGUGACCCUAUGGAUGUAAUUUGGAACCAAGUGAAGAUUGCAAACGACUUAUUUUUACAAAAGCUGGAUUAAAAAAUGAGCAACAUCCUCCAUGCAGCAUCAAAAGUGAGAUGGAAUCAGAGCAAUGCAGCGAAAAGAGCGGUGCUCCUGGCGGCCGCCGCAUACGGGGCGAAAACGCUUUACCCCAUCAUCUGCAAACAAAUAAAUCAACGGAAAACAACCAAGAGCAACACUUCUGCACCGGGACAUGAGGAUGGAUUGAUACCUGCCCCUAAAACUACACCAGAGACUGCCUCCAGCCUGAGUACAUCGCCCGGCGUCAAUGCGGAAUUCUUCAAGCAGAUUCUUGAGCUGGUUAAAAUCGUCUUCCCGAAGUUUGUAACUAAAGAACUGGGUUUAUUAUGUUUACAUUCAUUAGCUCUGGUUUCACGGACGUUUCUGUCGAUUUAUGUGGCAGGUCUGGAUGGUAAAAUAGUGAAAACGAUCGUAGAGAAGCAGCCGCGGAGCUUCAUGAUCAAACUGAUGAAAUGGCUUCUGAUCGCCAUCCCGGCCACAUUCGUCAACAGCGCGAUCCGCUAUCUGGAGUGCAAGCUCGCGCUCGCGUUCCGUACGCGUCUGGUGGAUCAUGCAUACCAAACGUAUUUCACCGAUCAGACCUAUUAUAAGGUCAGCAAUAUGGACGGGAGGUUGGCGAACCCGGACCAGUCUCUAACCGAGGAUGUGAUGAUGUUCUCGCAGUCGAUUGCUCAUCUGUACUCGAACCUCACCAAACCCAUCCUGGACGUGAUACUGACUUCAUAUACCUUAAUACAGACUGCGAGAUCUCGCGGUGCGAACGCAACCGGACCCACUCUCUUGGCCGGGCUAGUGGUGUUCGCCACGGCGAAGGUUCUGCGCGCGUGCUCGCCGAGGUUCGGGAAGCUGGUGGCGGAGGAGGCGCACAGGAAGGGCUACUUGCGCUAUGUGCACUCCAGAAUCAUAGCCAAUGCAGAGGAGAUCGCUUUCUAUAGGGGACAUACGGUGGAGAUGAGGCAGCUGCAGAAGUGUUACAGUACCCUGGCGGAGCAGAUGAACCUCAUUCUAUCAAAACGUCUGUGGUACAUCAUGGUUGAACAGUUCCUCAUGAAGUAUGUCUGGAGUGGAUGUGGCCUGGUUAUGGUGGCCGUGCCCAUUAUCACUGCUACUGGCUUUGCUGACAACGAGCUGGCUGACGGUCAGACACAAGUGUUGGUGAGUGAAAGAACAGAGGCCUUUACAACAGCUCGCAAUCUGCUGGCCUCAGGGGCGGAUGCCAUUGAAAGGAUCAUGUCUUCUUAUAAAGAGGUCACCGAGUUGGCUGGCUACACAGCACGUGUGCACAACAUGUUCUUGGUAUUUGACGAAGUCCAGAGGGGAAUAUACAAGCGUUCAUCUGCUGUCUUGACCGCAGGGGAGAUGAUAAGCGGGGAUGAUAACCGACCUGAGAUGCACAUCAAUGGCCCCCUGGAAAUCAAAGGCAAAGUGAUUGAUGUGGAUAAAGGUAUAGUCUGUGAAAAUGUGCCUAUAAUCACUCCUAAUGGAGAUGUGGUUGUGUCCUCCUUAAACUUCAAGGUAGAGGAAGGGAUGCAUUUGCUGAUCACAGGGCCCAAUGGAUGCGGGAAAAGUUCUCUGUUCCGGAUCCUCAGUGGCCUGUGGCCCGUGUAUGGCGGACUUCUGUACAAACCAUCACCUGAGCACAUGUUUUACAUCCCACAGAGACCAUACAUGUCAGUCGGAACGUUACGGGACCAGGUCAUCUACCCCGACUCUCUAGACGACAUGCAUGACAAGGGCUACAGAGACAAGGACCUGGAAGUUAUUCUGGACAUUGUCAAUCUAAACCACAUCGUUACCCGGGAAGGAGGGUGGGAUGCUGAGCUGGACUGGAAAGAUGUUCUUUCUGGAGGCGAGAAACAGCGUAUGGGCAUGGCGCGCAUGUUUUACCACAAGCCUAAGUAUGCUUUGCUCGAUGAGUGCACCAGUGCGGUCAGCAUUGACGUAGAGGGUAAAAUAUUUCAGGCGGCAAAGGAUGCUGGGAUCUCCUUGCUGUCCAUCACCCAUAGACCCUCUCUGUGGAAAUACCACACACACCUGCUGCAGUUUGACGGGGAGGGCGGCUGGCGGUUCGAGCAGCUGGAUACGGCCACACGGCUCUCGCUGACGGAGGAAAAACAACGCUUGGAGUCUCAGCUCGCAGGCAUCCCUAAGAUGCAGCUCAGACUGAAUGAACUGUGUAAGAUCUUGGGCGAGGAUUCGGUUUUAAAGACGGUGGAGAACAAGUUUGAGGACUGAAAGGAUCUGGAGAUGCUUGAUGUUCAGGAAAACUUUUGGUACUUUUAAAAUUUUAGCAAUGAUUUUAACAUACGUUGUGAAUACAUGACAAUUCGAUGCUGAAAUUGGAGUUUAAUAAUAAUUGUAGAAACAGUUGCCUUUUGUUUUAUUUUUUGUUUUUAUAAUUUAGUUUUGUUUGCUUUUUGUUUUUGUUCAUUUGUUUUACUUUUUUGUUUAUGUUAUAUUUUGCAGUUUCGUUCUGUUUUUCUUUUUUGUUUGUUUUAGUUCUUUUGUUUUCCUUUUUUUUGUCAUGUUUUUGUUUUGCUUGUGAUUUUCUUAUUUUGAUUAUAUGUUUUCAGAUCUUUAUUGAACCUAUUGCCUAGAAAUUUCGCUGUAUAAAUGAUGUCUCGAAUUUCCUUUCCUCUUUCAGCUAGUUAUAUUUUAGGCAGUGUACUUCAAAGGAUGCAUUGCUCAUUUCUUAUUGAUAUUUUAUACUAAACAACUGUCCUCCAUAUCUGGUAACAUAAACAUGGUAUCCUGUGGUAACAAAUUUAUAUAUAUUUUAUUUCAUGUAAAAUCAUGUAGGUCAUUUACAAACCAAGCUUUUACACAAUCACACUUUGAAGAACAUAGAAAGAGAAAAUGAGAAGAGACUAUCUAUAGGUCAUUGUGUGAGUCAGCUGGGUUUAAGACAGCAGGUUUCUGGUUUUCUGAACAAAUACAAUAUGCUGGAGACACCCAGUGAGGGCACAGCAGGAGGUUCUGUUGUGUCCACACUGAGCUGACAAACAGACAAUGUGUGAUUCUGGGUCACCGGACUAAGCGAGAAUCAUGUUUUAGGUUAGUUUUUCAGCUCUACUGUUUCAUGUCAAGUCAUAUUAUUAUUAGGUUGUAUUAGGUUCAACAUGUGUUGCACAUACUCUGUCCUUUCAUUCAGCCUGAUAUACUGUGAAGUUUGUCUGACAGCUGUGCUGUGUUUAUCUUUAGUACAUUUUUAAACUUUUUCAUUCAAA